AUGUCUUCAGGUGGAGCACCGCUUCAGCCGACCUUCCAAGGCCAUGUAGCCACCACCCAGGACGCGCUCAUUCUCUUCGAGGCUUGCCUGCAGGGGCACCUCUCGCAUGUGCCGCGGAGACCCCACGACCGGGAACGAAGCAACCUGAUCAGGAGCGGCUGUGUCUUUAUCUACGAAGAGAAUGCAUCCGGAAUCAAGAGGUGGACCGAUGGGGUUACCUGGAGUCCAAGUCGGAUCCUGGGAAAUUUCCUUGUUUACCGAGAACUUGACAAACCCUUUCCACCGGGAGAGAAGAAGAGAGCGAUGAAAAAGCAAACGCGACGCCCAAGCCGACCCGGCGAGCCCUAUGCCAGAUCCGAGGGAGGGUCAUUCUCGGAUGGACAAUCUGGCAAUUUUUCAGCCGAUCAACCUACCGCCACCGAUCUGGGGAGGCAGUUGAUAGUCGAGAGGCAAUUAAUAGGAUCUCUGGUAGAUUCCUACGGGUUCAAACAGGACGGAUUGGUUAAGAAGACGAUGAGCGUCACGGUCCAGGGCAUAACACACCACCUGGUCUCCUACUACCAUGUGAAUGACGUCCUCAACAAUCAGUUGCGAACACCAUCUCAGACGGAAAACCUGCAAUACAUCCGUCCACGAGCCGAGCUCACCUCGAGGCAAAGCUUUCGGGCCCCCAUCGAGGAUGUCGACGAGGUGGAGGGGGCUCAUAACGUAUACGGGUACCGCGUGAAUGCGGCUGGCUAUGCUCCUCAGCCGUACUAUAUACCCCCAGGGUACCCUCCCAUGGCUCAGCAGCCAAGUCAACCCCAGUAUUCGAUGGCUGUACCUUCCAUGUCCUCGCCAUACAUUCAAUCCCCAGUAACGACAUCGCACAUGCAAGGACAACGAAAUGACUACAGUCAGUACGACCAAUCGGGGUACAAUCGAAGCUAUGAGUCCUUGAACAGCUCAAUCGCUCCGUCAUCCAAAGCAAUCCCAGCUACUCCAACGACUAUGGCUCCAGUAAUGCCGGACCGCACCCCGGCGCAGCCGACCAUGUACCCGCCCAUGAAUAUGCAACGGCCAGUGAACACUUUGAGCCCAGUUUCGAUGGAUUCCCGAGCGGCGGUCCCAUAUCGACCUAGCCCAUAUGCAGUGGGCCACAGCAAUGGUGCUCCGAUAGAUCAGACCCGGCAGAGUCAGCCAUCCCCCACGCAAGCUGAUCGUAGGGAAUCGGCACCACAACAAGCUUCAAUGUACCAAGGCCCAAGGACGCCAUACUAUCCCGACACAGCCGGACCAUCUAUUCCUCAGCCUCAGUAUUCUCAGUGGGCAGGGCAAACCCACAACCCAUAG